AUGAGUUUCAUACGAAGACUUACAGCCGUCUGCACUCCGGGAUUAUGCAGAAGUUUCUCUGUAUCCAUGCCAAAUAAUGGCACAUACUCAUGCAAAGUCCUUGUCAUCGGCGGUGGCACAGGUGGAUGUGCGAUGGCCGCCAAGUUUUGCAGGAGACUGCCCAAAGAUAAUGUCAUAGUCCUUGAGCCAAGCAAAGACCAUUACUAUCAGCCUCUGUUCACGUUAGUUGGUGCGGGAGCAGUGACGGUGAGAGACACUCGUCGGCAGGAGGAAAAGCUCCUCCCCAAGAAGGCCCAAUGGAUACAGGACUCUGCAAAAUGUAUCGUACCUGAGAGUAACAAAGUGGUGACUGUGAACGGCCAUGUUAUCGACUACGAGUACCUCAUCGUGGCUGUUGGACUGAUCAAUGAUUAUGAUAAGAUCCCAGGUCUAUGCCUGGCCCUACAAGACAAGUCAAGCGGCGUAUCUUCGAUAUUCUCAGCGGCAUACUGCGAGAAAACAUUCUCAGAUAUGCAGAAACACAAGGAAGGAAACGCUAUCUUCACGUACCCUGACACCCUCAUCAAGUGCCCCGGCGCGCCGCAGAAGAUUGCGUACCUAGCAGACUCAUAUUUCAACAAGACAAAUGUCCGGUCAAAAACGAACAUAUACUACAACACGUGUCUGCCUUUUAUCUUCGGCGUUCCAAAAUACGCGAAGGAGCUUUUGAAGGUAGUGAAACGGAAAAACAUCAACGUCAACUAUAAGACUGUACUCAAAGAGGUCAGACCGGAGAAGAAAGAGGCUGUUUUCUUUAACAAAGAUAAGUCUGAGGACAUAGUAAUGAACUACUCGAUGCUACACGUAACGCCACCAAUGCAGACGCCGGAAUUCCUGCGAACUAAUGAGAAGUUGGUGGACGAGAACGGCUACUUGGACGUAGAUAAGUUUACGCUACAGAGCACUAAAUACCCCAAUAUCUAUGGUAUCGGAGACUGCACCAGUACACCGAAUAGUAAAACAGCUGCUGCUAUCGCCGUACAAUCGUACGUGGUGGAACACAACCUUCUGGCCACGAUGAAGAAGGACGAGCCUAAGUUCAAGUACAACGGUUACGGUGCCUGUCCCUUGCUGACGUCAUACAGCACCUGCAUACUCGCAGAGUUCCUCUACGGCGGCGUACCUCAUGAAACAAUGCCAUUUAACCAGGCUACAGAAAGUGUGACGGCGUUCUACAUGAAGAAAUAUCUUUUCCCGGCCAUCUAUUGGCACUUGAUGGUGAGGGGAUACUAUCACGGGCCGGAGACUAUAAGGAAACUAAUGCACCCAUUCGAAAAGUCUUAA